GUCCUUUAUAAAAACAAGAACUUGCCAAGACUUUUGUUCCUCCUGGCACAGUUUUUAGGGAAGUUUGCAGUAAAAUUAAUUGUUGUUUUGUUUUUCAGCCUCUGGAGGACCUGUGGUUUCUCACACGAACUCCUCAGAGUGUGGGAAAAGGGAGAAGAACAGAUGGGAAGGGAGGGGAAUUUAAGAUGAUGAAUACAUUUGUUCAGUCUUUCCGUAUAUGUUUCUUACUGGUCAUCUGGAUUCCAAGAAAACACAAUGUGUGGAGGCUGGGAAGCUUGCAAUUAAGAGCACAGGAGCAAAAUAAUCAUGAUAUACAGUCUGAACGAAGUGCGUGGGACUAGACAGUGGCAUGGCAAUUCCAGACAAACAGCCACUGUCCAGGAACAGGAUGGACGAUGAGUAGUGUCAAGAGAGGUUUCUUCCUGGGCACUCCCUGUCUAGCAUGAGCUCAGCUGCAGUUUCAAACAUACAAAGGAUGCAGCUCCUCAGCUUCAGCAGAAAGACAAAGUGGGAGUUGCACUCAGAAGAAUGUGUGAUCUGGUGGUCUUCUGCUGACUGAAUACAGGUCGUGUCGUGAUUGAUUACAGUUAAUGAGAAUACAACAUGAUCCUUCCCUUCUUCUAUGAACUACACCGAGAGCAGCAGCUUUACUGUAUUGCAAAUAUGCAGUUUGAAAUAUAAAAAUUAUUCAUCAUACUGCUUUCAGCUUGAAUCUUCCAUCCCAGAGAAAUGAAAGCAUUGACGGGCAUGAAUAAUCCAUCAGGGGGCUAAAUACAUAUCCAGAAAAUUUUGGAAGCGGAUAACAGGAGCUGGACUGCUGAGGCUUUCAUGCUUCCCAGUGUGAUACAAGGGAUGCCUGCACUGUGAUGGAGGAGGAAAGUUGCUGGGUUUCACUGUUGCGAUGACUGCCCUCCGCUCAGAGGUUGGUACAUUGUGCACCACGGCUGAUGCUACAAGGGCCAGGCAGCGCAACCUGGCUGGGGAGAGCUGUUAACCCCGAGUGCCCUGCAACGGUCCCCCCAACGGCCACUGCUCGCAGCCAGGGGCCCUGCCCUGUCCCACCCGCUGGCUCCCACUUGGAGGUAACAGCCAAGCCAGCAGCCACGGACACGAAUGAAGAACUCCUACACCAGAUGGAUGAGCGAAGCAAAAUGCUGAAAGAAAAAUCAGUAUCUCGUCUCCGGUUUGAACCAGAUAGGGCAGAGGCACUGCUUAUGGUAAAAAGCAGGGAUAUUGUGAGUGAACCAGCUGACAGCAGUGAAAAAGACAACAGUAAAGGGUUAUCCUCAGGAGAGAAGAAAUACCCUAUUCUUCGCACAGCAGUUUACAGAGCAAGCAGAGAAAGAAAACCCAAAGCAGCAAUAAAAGAGGAGGGCAUUUGUUUUGGAAAUGUACUCACAAGAACACAUAAGGAGGGAAGGGAAGAAUCUGUUUGUCAGCCUACUAGCAUUUCAGAGCAUGAGACAAAGAAAUCAAGAAGCAGCAUAACAAAACCAACAUCCUUAAUGUCAAAGAUUGCAGAUAAUGUUAGAAAGACUGAAAUGCAAACAGCAGUUUUGGAGCCAAGUUGCCAUAAAAAGACUCGUGAGCAACCAGAAGUUGAAAGACCUUCUAAAAAGCCCUUCAGAACCAAAGUUUAUUCUUAUGAUAGAACAGAAGCAAUUGAUGAUGAUGCUAUAACACAUAUCUUGAGGCUUCGAGGCAAACUUGGCUGGCAAACAAAUGUGCAAUCAUCUGAAUUGUUACCUAGAGAGGCUGAUGUUGCCAGAUUUCAGAAGUUCACGCUUACGAAACCUCUAGUGCUAGAAGAUAGUGGGGAAUAUAUAUAUUGUCUUCAACGAAACAGGAACAACUUUAAAGCUCCCUACAACCCAUACGAUUUGCAGGUUGUGUCUGUGAAUACAGCUAUGCAUAGCAAGAUAUAUUGGACUGUUUCAGCUUCAUAUGUGUCUAAGUUUUCUGCAGACCCUAAAUUAGGACAAAUGGAAAUCACAGCGGUGCCACGAUGGCUGCAUGAAAGACAGAUGUAUUAUAAGUUACGCAAUGUGAAAUUCAUUUCCAAUUUCAAAAUGAAGAAAUACUUUCUAGUCUGGAAAAUCAGUGUCAGAAGCAAGAUGGACAAGACCAAGUCAGUUUGAAUGUAGGUUUGUUGUGGGAAGAGAAUAAAGAAUACUUCGUCUCCUACUGUAUACUUUACCCGUUUGCAUUUUUUUUCCUUAAAUACUUUAUAAAAUCAAAGCUCAGGUUUCUCCAGAUCAAAAUUCCAGGCUCCUUCACAGCAAGAUUAAAGUACCAGACAACUUUUAUUAGAGUAAGUCUUCCAUGCUGUUAUGAACAGGUAAUCUGGCAUUUGUAUAAUUGUCUUUGUUGAUUUAUGUUUGCUUAGUGCCAAGCACAGUGGGAUUCUGCUUUAUGACUAGGGAUUUUAGCUAGACAUGGGAUGAAAAUAGUAAUUAAUACAGUCUUAUAUUGUAAAAUGAGAGUGGUUGCACCAAAUCCCGGCUGAAUAUGGGCUGAAUGAGAAGAUGAUGUUCAUUCUGCAUGUUGAGGUGAGUAAACAAAAUCCCAUCACACUUCAUCUAUUCUCCUUAAGGCCAUCCUUUAUUGGCAUGUAAAUAAUAUUUGUAUUAUGUAGGUUUGAUGAUGAAAAAGACAUUGUUAACUCCUCACAAGAGAUUUUCUUUUUCUUCCCUCUUUUAUUGAAAUUUAUCCUAUUUUUACAAUUAUUCUUACAGGUUUUUAAUUAGCCCUUGUGUUAGACACUUUAUGGGGCUUAUAUCAAAAUGGUUAGCUUUAUGCUGAGAACACAGGGAUUAGGUCUUUCACUUGUACCUAGGGUAAGGAACUGGGAAAGGUUGAUGGCUGUUUUCUUCCAUUUGAACAGUUAAGUGGAAUAGUCAUAAACUGUCAGGUAGUCUUUUGUCUAAUUUUAAAGUUACUGAAACAGGAAAGGUAUUUGAGUAAACAGGGUUUUUAACUGCAUAAAAUCUGAAAACUGUCUUCUAUGGAAUGCAUCAUCAAAAAUAAUACAUGAUGAGUUGGCUUCUGAAGAAAAAUCAUCAUGUUUUCCCUUUCUUGGCAUUAGUCAGAGACACUUUCAUUAAUUCAUACAUUAAUGCUUAACAGAUACAUAGCGCUUUCCCUUAAAGCAGAUUUUUUGUAGGUGGCAAGUUCAUCAAAAUUCAGUUGGGGCACAUUAAAUGACCUGACUAUAGAGUAUUUUUGGUAUGUUUUAUCAAAAUCAGACUUGUCUCUUGAAACGUGUUUUAUGUCCUGAAAUGAUACAACUUUAAACUUUUAUAACCCUUUUAUAAACUACAAAGUAGUCCUCAUGCUCUUCACACUUCAGCACUUGAGGAAAUUUGUGGGGGAGCUUUUCCUGGAGACAGAGAUGGUGAAAGAGAGCACAGUCCCUGUAGAGUCUGUAAAUUUAUUGAGGUUUUGGGUUUGGUUUUAUUCCUUAGUACGUUGCUGUUCACAUAAAAUUACUGGACGUUCAUAUAGGUAGGUUAGGGCAGGACACUUUUAAAAGGAAAUCACAGAAGGGCUUCCCAUGCUAUAUUGACUACACAGCCUGUUCAUGCAGCUGAUUUUUACUAAAAUGAUUUAGAUCUCUAUGCAUGAAGAAAAGCAAUUUAAAAAUUACUUUGUUGGAUUUGUUCAAAUUCUUUAUAUUUCUCAAAUGUCACAUUGAGGCAAAGCUCAAACUCGUCCGACUCUUUGAAGUUUAUUCAUGCAAUCAAUGGUUAUGCUUUGGUUAUUUCUUAACCAUUUCAUACAUGGUUAUGCUAUUUCUUUUUUUGGAGUCAUUAAAAAGAAUACUCCAAACGUGGAUAGUGAAACCCCAACACAUUUGAGCUGCAUGUUAAUGGUUUGCUGUCCUUUCUGUCUUCUAUACAAAGGUGUGCACAUUACUUCACACAAAUCACGUAACCAAAAGAAACCUCAGAGUGUCUGUGUUUUGAGUUGGAGACCAUAUAAUGGCUUUGUUAUCCAAAACAAGAGGUUGUGAUCUUAGCCCACUUACAUGUUUAUUCUGCCUAUAAUAGUGCUCCUUUUGGGUGUGUAUUCCCCCCACAGAACUUGAGCUUAAGAUUCUGUUAUCAGGAGCAUCUGCUGAAGAGACAUCCUCCCUUUGAAUAUUCCAGUGCUAUCAGCCAAAGGCUUAGUACUUAGUGUGACAUAUUUUAAUAAUGUCAUUAUAAAGGAAUAUCUGAUAUCAUUUUAGUUGUCCUAUGUUCUCAGGUUUUGGAUUACUCCUGGUUUCAGUUAUUUAUGCCAUUGAACAACUGGUUAAGAUUCAUAUGAAUUGUUUUCAAAGAGUAGAGAGAUUUUAAAGGAAUUUUAUGUAAAAAUGUAAAAAGAAAACAAAUAUUCUAGGAAAGACCAGGCACUGGCAGCUCUCUGGAUUUGCUAAGGUAGAACAUAAAUUAUGCCUCAUGGAAAAAGUACUCUAGCUGUAGUUGUUCAAGGAUUUUUGUAAGUACUAAACCCCAGUCCUUCACCUUUUAAAAAAAUUAUCUUUUUACAACAAAGGACAUCAGAAAUGUCAAAACCAAGGUAACACCGAUCUCCCAGCCAUCUCCCUUGAUGCCUUUUAGAUUCAAGGUCCAUAAAGCUUCUACCACCUGACUGACCUGAAGGGUAGCUCAGCAAGGACCAAUUCAGCAGCUAAUGAUGAAAGCCACCAGGACAUCAUCUGGUAUCUCAGUGCUCACUUGCUACUGACUGCUCUUCUUGCAAAUGUGUGUUAAAUCCACAGAUGACAAGUCUUCUGUCUCUUAGUAGUUCAAUGGCACAAGGAGAACCCUGCAGCAGACUGUUUAUAUCAUUAUCUAAGCAAGGUGAAUAGCGCUAACAUUGCAAACAUCAAAAACAACACUACAAAAGGAAGUAUCUUCAGAAGAUUUCAAGAACAUUCUAGGGAAAAAAAAAAAUGUGGAUAAGUGUCCUGAUAAGUUGCAGCCCUUAUCAAGGAAACUUCAUAUAUUUACUUUGGCAACUGGAGGUGUGUUGGGAUGAAAGGAUGAUUAAGAAGAUGAUUCUCUGCUCGGCAUAAACACCCUGUAUGAAACUCUUGUAAAAAUAACAGGAAUAACAUUUGGUUUCAAUGAUCUUGUGCAUGACAUAUUUGAAGGAGAACCACCCCUUCAUAUUUUUAUAUAUGAAACAUAAUCACAUGUCAUUCAUUAAUAUUAUUGCAUUUCUGCUGUGCUGCUUAAUUUUUCAAGACCAGAACCUUCAAUUAAUCUGCAUGAUUGGUUUUAAAAGCCUUCUCUUUGAAUGUGAUUCUGUACAUUUAAGAAGAAAAACGAGUGAGUAAUUCUCUCUCUGUUUUCAAAGUCAGUGCCAGAUCGUGUUCCACAAACCAUAUCCUUUUAUUAUAAGGAUUAGACACAGUCCAGGAGAGGAUGUUUGUCCCAGGUAGUAUUUCAUGCUCUGAUAGCUGCUUUUCUGAAGGAGGAAGUGUCUAUGAUGAGAGUCUUUUUCAUCCUAAUCAGGACACAGCAACGGUGUGAUGCUGCGCAGCCUCUCCCUCUCACGGGACAGGAGGUCCAUCCUCCGGGCCAUGCCUUUCUCUUGCAGCAUGAAGUAUCAGGGGCACAGUGGGUAAUGCAGAAAGCUCAAAACGCUCAGCUGCCAUUAAAAAGUUGGAGACUCUCUAUUUGGACUCCUUCAGUAGAUUCAUCCAAGUAACUAUUUGAAAAAGUAACCAGGAGGUUUAAAGGCAGAAGAAAUAAAUAGCUAGAUUCCUUUCCAUUAACUUCUUAGCAGCAAGAAUUGUGGGUCCCUUUCAGCUUUGCCACAUACAUUCACCAAUUUCAGCUCUUUUUCCUAGUUAGUUACCAGAAAUGUCAUGAGGUUGCUUUGCUUUCUCAUGGAAUGAAUGAAGUUUUCUUUAUCCCAGACUCCCACAGCAUCCAUGGAAGCUGUGGAACAUGUUGAAGGGUUUUCGACAGCCGGGUGACCACACUGUGCUGGUAAGAAAAACAAUCUCUUCAGAAUUAUCCUGGAAGUAAAAACGUGUGAUCCCUAGGAAAACAGUGUUUCAUCAAUAAUCCUUACCCCCUUCUGACGAAGGUUACUUGGAGCUAUCUGCCUCUCCACAGUCUGCCUAACGAGUGCAUCUUAAACAAAUCGAGUUGUACUCGAUGCCAAAAUUUAACCUCAUGAGUUGAAACCUGCAGAAGCACAUUGAGGAUAAUGAAGAACCACUUGACCGGCACAAGAAGGUGGGACUAAGUCACCACUGGAAGCUCCCAGGUACCUUCUCAUGACACCAGCAGGUACCAGAAAUGAAGCCUCUGCCCAACGGGUGACAAACCAGCAUCAUUUCCCUGUGGCACAGCUCGGCUGGAGCCCCCAUGGUACUGCAGCAGGAGACAGAAGACAUUGUGGAAGCUGCAGAGCACUGUGAACCCUUGUUAAAUGGGAUGAAGCCAUCAAUCCUGCAGGAACAAGGACUGUUGCAGCAUGUGCUCAGAUGGAUUCCCUUUCUGGGCAGUUGAUGUAACAUUUAGAAGUUUCUGCAGUUUGAAACACAGAAGCAAGAAGGUCCUUGGUCAGGUCAGCUAAACCUGGCAAUACAUGGCUCCAAGAGGGAAUACAAGCACUGUAAGGAAGAGCCCUGGGAAGCUGGUCCUGGAAGAGUGGACAAGCUCAUGUGUGCGCAUUCAAGUGUUGGGGAUCAGGAGCCAGGCUGGUCACAGCAAACAAGGCAUUGCAGAUACAGGGAUCAGUUUAAAUGUCAGAGUAAGUUUCACCCUUGGGAUCUCUGUUAAACGUUUCUCCUGAGCAACUGCAAAGACAUUUCUCACAGCUGUUGUGUGGACUGACUGAAACUCUCCUGGCACCUGCAUAUUCCACAAGAAGUGUUUUACAAGGGAAGUAUGACUGGCUCAGAAUUCCCCAUUUUGAAUUGCAAUGGAAAAUUACUUGUAACAUCUGCCUACAGCGGCACUGCAGAGGCUUCUGAGGAGGAAGAUGGAUGGUGCGGUGACAUGAUGGGAAUGACAACCACACACACAUGCAAAUAAGCAGCUCGAGUGCCAAUCCCCUUCAGCAGUUUGUUUUCAAAAGGCUUCCCUGCUCCUGUGAUGGGCCAGGACCUGCUUUUCUCCUGGCACUACUCCACAACACUGUUGCUUACAGUAAUUCUACAAAAGGGAACUUCCACCAGAGACCAGCGUUGGAGGUUUUGGUUAUACACAGACAGUGCAAGAUGUUCUCCAGCCCCACACUGAAGAGGUUUCACACGCUCCCCGGAACAGCUUUCACUCCACAAGAGGCAAGAACUCUUCUUCUGGUAAUUUUAAUGUAGGAACAAAAGGAGGACAUGGGUGAGCCUUGCCUCGAAGACCCAGGGCACCACCACCUCCAGGCGUGACAGCGUCAGUCUACCCCGUGAGCAAGGAUGGAGACAAGGAGUCACACAAGCAAGGGCCCUGCUGUGCCAGCUCCAACACUGGAAACUCUCAGACACGUGCCCAGGCAGGCAAAGAGAAGCACCACAAGCUUCUAACACUUGUAACACUCAGCCCAAAACCACAGAUACAAAAGGAACUUCAGCAAACGCACGUCUUUACCAGCCUCAAUGACAACUGGACCAAGUGCAAAGCCUUAUCCUGAAGCCCAUGUCACAUGUGAUCUUAUGGUAUUAAUUCUACUCUUCCUCCUACUUCAAUGCUCUUCUUUGGGAGCAAGAAUUCCUUUAGCUGUGACAAUGACCUGUCCAUCAAGGAGACGGACAAGAAGGAAAAUCCAAUACCUGGACUUCAAGAUAUCCUGCACUGAGUUAACAAACACCAAGCACUGCAGAACAGUUACAGGAUGCUGCUGUGCCACUUACAGAGACUGGAACUGCACUUUCAAAGAAAAAACAAUUUAUGAUCAUUUAUUAUUUCCCUUCCCACACAUCCAUGCUGCACUGAUGAAGGAACUGAGGACCUCUGACCAUUUUUAAAAGCAGUCUGGUUAAUAUUUAAUGCCAAUCUAUCCUUUGUCCUACAAAAAACAUCUGCAUAGAAUUGAUACUAAGUAAUUGAUUUUAAGCAGACAGUCUCACGACUGACUCAAAAUUUCUUUUGGAAAUUCAAUUCAGCUAAAUAGAUGUUUUUAAAAGGGUACUUUUUAAAACAAAAAAGUGAACAGCAAAAUAAAGCUUCACAAUUUCAAGUUCUGUGCCUGACUUCCCCCUGCCCAAAUGUCUACAGCUUUCAGUUUUCCCUUCCCUUCCCUGCUGUUGAAGGCCCAUUGGUAGGGGCACUAUGAAGCAAACUAGACAAGCCUCAGCCAAAUGCUGAAAACAGAAAGGAAGGAACUGUCCUCUCAUCUCUAAGGGACUAGAGCAGCCAAAAUAUUUGUGUGUAAACUACUCAAGAUAAUAGAAUUACAAUUUUAAGUAUUUUACAGUAUUUGAGUGUGAACAAAAACCUGCCAUUGAACAUGCAACAUGCAUUUUACCUUGGUUGAAAGUUAACAGUAAUAUAAUAAUCAGCCCUAAAACCAAGCCUUUCAUUUAUAGAAACAAAACUGUAGCAAGUAAUUGGAAAUAAAUGAUCCAAAAUGUUUCUAACUUACCAGAA